AUGGGCGGCGUGUGCUGCAGACCUACGCCCGUUGACUUUGACGGCGAUGUAACACUGUUCCACUUCGUUCUCUUGCGUUGUGUGGGGAAAGGUGCUUUUGGGAAGGUCCGAGUCGUUCAACACAAGCAGACCAAGGAUCUCUAUGCCCUCAAGUAUAUCAAUAAGGCGAAAUGCGUCAAGAUGAAGGCCGUUCCAAACGUCAUUCAAGAGCGGCGACUACUCGAAGAGAUCGACCACCCUUUUGUCGUCAACUUGCGUUAUGCUUUCCAGGACGACGAGAAUUGCUUCUUCGUCUUGGACCUCAUGCUGGGCGGGGACCUUCGCUUCCAUUUGGAGCGACUCGGUUCAUUGGAGGAGGAGGUCGUUCGAUUCUAUGUCGCACAACUCUCUUCCGCGAUUCAAUUCCUACACGACAAUAACAUUAUGCAUCGGGAUAUCAAGCCAGACAAUAUUCUGCUCGACGAGCGAGGAAACGCACACUUGACGGAUUUCAACAUUGGACUCAAGUUCUCGGAGAAGCGACUUAUGGGUGUUGCUGGCUCUAUGGCCUACAUGGCCCCAGAGAUCUUGACCAAGCGAGGAUACAGCUAUCAAAUUGAUUGGUGGUCACUCGGCGUAUGCGCUUACGAGCUGAUUUUUGGCCGUCGACCCUUCCGCGGACGCACCAAUAACGACCUCUCCUACAGCAUUACAAAGGACCCUCUUAAAUGGCCCGAAGAAGCCGAGAAGAAAUGCAGUCGUCCAGGAAUGCAAGUUCUCAAAGGGCUACUUGAACGCGACCCUACGCGCCGGUUUGGUUGUAAACCUCAAGGGGAGGGCUUUCAAGAGCUAAGGCGGCAUCCCUGGUUCAAGCCGAUUGACUGGGACACGCUGGAAUCCAAAGAGCAAAUACCGCCCUUUGUCCCUGACGGCAAGAAGGCCAAUUUUGAUGCGUCGCACGAACUGGAAGAGCUUCUCUUGGAGGAUAAUCCAUUGAAGGCUAAAACUAGAAAAGCCAACCAGGAGAAUUUUUCACCUGAAAUGCGCCAAAUGGAGGAGCAAUUUACGACCUACGACUUCAAGAAAAUGCAACGACGUUCAUACUUCCCCCAUAAUCAGCAGCAGCUGAUCUCAACUGCCACUGCAACAUCCUCCGGAAUGGCCUCCUCACGACCAGGCACCCCCGCACACGAUCUUCGAGGAGAGAAUGGAGUUUCAAUCAAUGGCCAUUCCCUUGAACUCAACGGAGGUGACCAUGACGCUAUGAGAGCAGAGCGAAUGAUGAACGAGAAGGACUACGACUGA